AUGGCGGCAGAGCCCGGGCGCUCGUGGACUCAGGCUCGCACUGUGUACGGCGCUAAAGAGGCGCUGAGGCGAGGCGUGGGCCGCCGGCAAGACCCCAGCGCGCAGCCCAACGGGCCGGUCCCCGAAGAUAUCCGCGCCCCGGGCCGCCUGGCUCGCCUGCGUGGCCAGCUGCGGGCCGAGGCAGCGGGGCGAGCCGAGGCGCCGCGGCUGCUGCGGUUGGUGGAACGCGCGGGCGCGCGAGCCGGGGCGGCAGGGACCAGCGAGAGGAGCGAGGCGCGCAGCGGAGGCUCGGUGUGCUCGGUGUGCGGGGAGCCGCGCGGCGGCGCCACCUAUCCCGCUGGUGUCCUGGAGGUGAGCGAGCGGCGGCUGCAGGAGGGGCUGGCGGCCGUGCGUGCGGAGCUGGGCGCGGGGCUCGAGGCGCUGCGCGCGGAGCUGCGGACCGAGCUAGAUGCUCUGCGAGCUCUGCUGCCGCCGCCGCCACCGCCGCCCGCUCGCCGCGAGCCCCGCGGUCCCGCCCUGCUGCGGGCCCUCGGCACCGUGAACGCGUUGGUUUCAGCCUCGAGGGCCACGGAGAACGGUCCGGACGCCCCAGCCGACGGCCUGGCAAACCGAGCCGUGGCCCGGAAGAACCACAAGAAAACCCCAGUGCCUCCAACGGCUGCACAAGGCGGAGGAGAUUGAGGGGCUCUGGCGGCCCCAGAAGGGAGCAAAUUGGUCCUCCUAUAUGGACUCCCCAGAUGCUGCCAAUGAUGCUCCAUUAUUUAAAGGGCUGGCGGCAGAGGCUGCGUAGAUGGCUUUGAGCUACCCCGGACUGACGCUGCUCUGUAGAGCCUGCUUUAGUCUUGAAGCCGGGAAAGAAUCUGGACCAGCAUGU